AUGGCCCUUGAGUGCAAUAGCUGCAAGAAGUCGCCGCCUGAAGUCGCCCUCAAGAGGUGCGCGAAAUGUUCCACCACGCCGUACUGCUCCAGGGAUUGCCAGAAGACAGACUGGAAGGUCCAUAAGAAGGACAUGUACAACAUUGAAGGCGAAGCAGACGCGGAUAGCAUAUAUGGUGGUGCCGGCAACGGGCUGCGUGGCUUCAAGCGCUUCCUGGAGCGCGUCGAGCGUUGUCCCGGUUUACUGCCGCCAUGGUGGGAUGCAAUGAAGAAGAAAGAGUGUGAGACACUCGGUAUGACCCCAUCGCAAUGGCACGACCUACGAAGCGCGGUGGAAAAGAGCGAUAUCAUCGAGCAAUAUGGGGAUUCCUGA